CCACCUGUACCAUCAAGAUCAAGAUCAAGUAUAGACGCCACAACAGUUCCCCCGUGUUUACUCUUACCACACUGCCUAUAAAUCUUGUUUUUUCGCAAAUUUCCCAAGUAAUUCACCACCCCGGAGGCCGCCCCCAGUAAACCUGUUCCCUGCAUCCAUGCUGUGGACCUCUGGGUAUGGACGCUGUGGGCAGCUUGGUCACGGCACGACAGAUAACUGCCCCAUUCCUUGCACUGUGCUUGACCUGUGUGGCUCAAAGGUCGGCCAGGUCGCCUGCGGGAGAGGUCAUACCCUGGUCUACAUCCCCUCGCAGAGCCACGUGUAUGCAUUUGGCCAGGGGUUCUCAGGGCAGCUGGGCACCAAGACUCCACACAGCAGGGAAUUACCUCAAGUGGUAGUGUGCCCAUGGCUGUCCCCAGGGGGUGCCAGCCUGCUAGACUACGCAGAGGAGGACAGCCCCAGUGUGUGUUUGAGGCAGAGAGACCGGCGUGCCCUUGUGUCUUCCCUGCGGCUGUUGUCCCUGGUCCACGGUCUGAACUUCCAAGCCGGCUGCUGAGUGGGGUGGUUGAACUACGACGACUUUUACAUCCCAGAAAUUGCAGAGAAAAUUGAUAUUAGGAAUGAUUACUUGAACUGGAUGAACAGCAGGCUUCACCCAAUGUCCAGGAGGGAGAGUCCAAUCCUGUUCUGUGAGUAUCCAUUCUUGUUCGACCCUCAGGCCAAGACGCUGCUGCUCAGGUGUGACGCCACUCGGCAGGUGAGAAUGAGGGCGAAUGUUUCCCAGACCACCCGGUCAUACGCACGUUCUGGGAAGUAUUUCACGAACUCCCUGGAGCAGAAGAAGUUGUUUUUGAAGUUCCUUACGGGCACUGACAGGGUUCCUAUUCUGGGCAUGAAGGUAGGUGAGAGAGAGAGAGAGAGAGAGAGAGAGAGCGGAGGAGUGACUGUGUGUGUGUGUGUGUGUGUGUGUGUGUGUGUGUGUGAGAGAGAGACGGGACUGUGAGAAUUUAUCAUUAAUCUUGCAUGUUGUGUCAAUUUCUAGGCUUCUGUG